UUAGUCCGUGAAGAAGGCAGACGUGGUUUGGUGAUGAAGUCGUAGAGUUUUCAUUGGUGGAAAUAAAGUCGUCAGUCUAGUUGAGAAGUCUUGAAAAUUGCGUAUUGAAUCGCGUUUUUAGUUCAGGAGGAAAUCCUUAAUUAAUUUACACGUGAUCAGUUGUACACGAAACGAAUAGUUCAAGCUUGGUGUAAGUUUCUAAGGUGGUCUGCUGUAGAUUAAGCAGGAUAAACUUCUCGGGUGUGUUUCGAGCAGUGAUAGACGUCAGCAGCCUUUCUUUUCCGGUUCCAGCACGGAAUCACCAGAAACAAGCAGCACUGUCAUCGGAUCGUGAGUGAGCAUCUCUCACGGUUUCAGGUACGAGCGAUAGCCUGAGUGACCAGGCAGUUGCAGUACUAGCACAAAGCAGACUUGCACCACAAAGUGUCAAAACAGGAAGAACAGCACAAAGUGAAGUUCAGACCUGUGCUGCUGCAGUCAGGAGAACCAUCAGUGUGUGGUGUUCGAUUUGAUAAAAAUAACGUGUCUUGUGUGGCAACUGCUCCGAUAUCAAGAAAAAAAAAAUAGAAAUUACUACAGAUCUAGAGAUUAGUAAUCAUUUGGUGUAGUGAAGUGUGAAUUCAAAGAAUUCCGUUUGCAGUUGAAGCCGUCCAAGUGAACUUCGUAAAUAAAAAAAAAUAGCGAGCGCAGUAGCAACAACAGCUAAGUAGCAAAGAAAAAACAUCCCAAGAAAAUGGCAGAUGUGGAUGAUGUGAUAAGUGACCAGGAGAAGAUUCGGAUCGUUAACGAUUUUAUCCUACACGCCCCUCCGGGCGAAUUUAACGAGGUGUUCAACGACGUCCGAGAGCUGCUGAACGAUGACCGAUUGCUCAAGGAGGGUGCCAGUGCGGCCUGUGCCCAGUAUAACAAGGAUCAGCUAACGCCGGUCAUCCUCGAGGGCUCCGGGCUGGCCGUGCUUGUUACGGAGUUCAACGAUCUCGGUGGUGGUCGAUACUUGGAUCCCCGAACAAAACAGAGCUUCAAAUUCGACCACCUGCGCAAAGAGGCCCUCGACCUGCAAAACCACGAGAGCGAUCACAUCUCGGAACCGUGGCGCGCCAUGCUGGACAUCGAAACGCUCACGUACUGUGCCAACCACUACCGCAACGGAUCCUGCUCGGUGUACGGCCGCACCAGUAACGGACAGAUCAGCCUGCACGUGUGCAUCGAGGACCACCAGUUUCAGCCGAAAAACUUCUGGAACGGCCGGUGGCGCUCGGUGUGGUCGAUAAGCUUUCCCGCGUCUGGCGGCGGCACGGCGGAACUCAAGGGCAUGCUCAAACUGCAGGUGCACUACUACGAGGACGGCAACGUGCAGCUGGUGUCGUCGAAGGAGUUCCGCGAAUCGGUGAUCGUCACAAAUGAAGCCGCCACCGCCAAGGAGAUCAUGCGACUGGUUGAGGAGAGCGAACACGACUACCAGACGGCAAUAUCGGAGAACUACCAGACGAUGUCCGACACGACGUUCAAGGCUCUGCGGAGGCAGCUGCCCGUGACAAGAACGAAAAUCGACUGGAGUAAAAUAGUGUCGUAUAGUAUCGGUAAGGAACUGAAAACGCAGUAGAUUGUUUAAGGUCUUUAUUAUUAUUUUUAUUAUUAAUAUUAUUUUCUUUACGAGAACGCGGGGGGUCGUGAUGUGUAAAGGGAUCGAUAAAAAAGUCUAGCAAAACAUACACAUUACAUAAAAAUGAAGCACGGGCUGCGGCGCAGCAAAAGGAUAUUUUGUGCUUUCGGAGACAGGCGAAGGCGCUUGAGUGUAGGCGAGGUCAUCGUAUUUCCGCAAAGGAAAGCACAGGCAGGCUUGUUGUAGCUAGAACGUGUGGCUAAGUGCAAGAAAUCGAAACUACGAAGCAAGGUUAAACACAAUUAUUAAUAAAUUUAACUAAUAACCUACCUACUUCCGAUUGGCGGAAACACGCACGUAAUCAAGCCAAUAUUUGAUAAAAUGAGAAAUAGCUGUAUGCUGCACGAUUGGUGCGUUAACAAGGAUCGACGUCACAUUUUGGCUAAACUAUAGAUUGUACACAAUCAUGAGGACAUUCUUGCGAAUCAGAAGUGUCGAAAAGUGCUAUUUAUCAUACUCUAAGUAAAGUAAAGUCUGCUAUUAUUUUUUUAUUAUAUGUAGAACGAGCCGUUUAACAACUUUAUGGUAGAAAGGAUGGAUGAGACAUUAUAAUUCACCUAUGGUAACUGAGAGUACUAUCGGGCCCAUAACCAGAGUUAAACGUAACGGGCCAGAGAAGUUCGGGGCCAUACACUAGCAACAAAAAGGUUGCACCCCACUCGCCCUUUCAAUCCUCACGUAAUUAGUGCAUGAUCCUCAUCAAGGAAUAGACUUUUCAACACAUUCGCCCCCAACUCAUAACACCCAGUUAACAUUUAUCCUUAUCAAGGGUAAACACCAUACGUUCUAUUUUGAGAACCAUUUGUGAUAGUUUUUUUCUUUCUGAUUCGCAAGUUUUACUUUUAUUCCUGUACGCCACAGUGUAGCGUAAAUCUAUUACGGAUGUUGAAGCAGUACGACUUUCGAUCCUCAUUCAUUCGUGCACAUUCGAAUUUCUUUCUAUCAAAUAUAACAAUCAGAGAAACGAACAAAUUAAUAAGAAGCUGAUAUCCGUCAUCUUCACCGUCGUUUUAUUUUAUCUGUAAAUGAAAAUCUAUGCUGUAAAUGCAUUGCCGCGCGCUGUAGGAAUAGUGAUAUCAAAGUAAACAUUAUAGUAAACAGACAUAACAUAAAAUCAAUUAUAGAAUACAUCAAAAACUCGAAUUCACCAACGUUUGGCCUGCUAAAAAGGGAAACCCUAGUAAAACAUUAACAACUUUUUUUCUUCUAUUAGCUAAUGAUCGACUUCGUACACACAAACAUAAAGACCUCCACACACAUAUACGUCGUAGGAACACAAACAUAAAAAACUGGUUAUUUGUAUUUCGACACAUUCGCUGUAUGUAAAAUAAUGUCACUAUUCUUUACUCGAUUUCAAUGGAUAUCUAUGUCUGGAUUUAUACGGCAGCAACGGCUUUAAACGGACAGAUAAAACUGAUAAGAUAUCGUAGUUUCUAUUCGAUCGACGAAAGCGGGCUUGGUUGUAAUCAUUGGUUUGGAAAUUUGUCGUUUGACUCCGAAUUUCGAUUCAAAUGCAUCAAUAAUGCUAGUUGUGGAAACUAUUUUUAAUACGACGAUUUUCAUCUUUUCGAGGAAUCAGCACAGUAAGAACUCAUCCCACAGUGUUAACCUCCAUUCAUUGUACAAAAUUCAUUUUUAAAUUUACUACGGAUGGGCUCUGAGCAACUCUCGUUUCCUCUGAGUUAUGAGCAUCAAACAUGUAUUUCAUUUAUGGAACCCUGAAACUGUGUUUGUAGCAUUUUUCUUGCCAAAAUAUAACACAAUUGCACUGACGAAUAGUAAAACAAAUCGGAUGUAAUUCGUUUGCACGGACUCCAAAAUUAUUCUAAAAGUCAGUAGAAAUAUGAUUCACCACCUCAGUAGCACAGGAAGCAAACCAUGUUCUAGUAGAGGACACAUGGCCGCAUCAUUUGAUGCUGCUUCUUUGUAGAACCUCCCCGAAAAAUACAUAGUAUUUCUAUGAGACGUAAAACAACAAUGCAAAUGUAGUUGCUCCUGCCUCUUAAGCGAUAUACCCUAAAAAAAACUUUCAAAACCGAACAUUUGAAAACGCAUUGGCUUAACGAGAACGUUAUACUUAAAAUGGUACCAUUUUGAAGCAAAACGUGAACAAAUUUAAUGCAAUAUACAUCUACACUCACACAUUCACACACGUACAGACAUGUUACAUGCAGAGAUGACAAAUGUGUCAUUUUUUCAUUAUUCGGAUCACUCCCACACUCGAUAAAGGAGAUGAAAUCAGUGCGUUAACCCAGCAACAGGAAGUCACAGUCAGACAGGAAUGAACCAGAACUGGGAAGAUUAGUAGCUUAGAAGCAAUGAGCUACCCAUUACUGUCGCCACAAACGACAGCAAUUUCAAACGGUUAAAAAAAACAGUAAAACAUGCAGUAAGCCGUUGAGUAAUUAUGACAUAAACGAAACAAAAACAAAGCGCGGAUAGAUGAAAGCGAAAACUGACGACAAGGAAAAACAAAAAUAAACUAUAAAAUUGAUAAAAUAAUGAAAAAUAAUGUAUAUUUAAUUAUUAUUACAUAUAUAUGAAAAUUAAAUAAAAAUUCAUAUAAAAAUAGUCAUGAA